ACCAUCCCCCACCAAAACCCUCGCCGGCCUUCUUCUUUCCCCUCCCCUGCCAGCGGCUGUUUUUUUCCUUCGUCUUUCUUGUUGCGCGUCUUCAGGGCAACAUUCUCAUCAUGACGGACAACAAUGUUAAGGAGGCUGAGGCCUCCAUGGCCAACCUUUUGCUCGAUGAGGUCACCGGCGAGAAGGUCUCCAAGACCGAAUUGAAGAAGCGCCAGAAGCUGCGCGAGAAGGAGGCCAAGAAGAAGGAGAAGGAAGCUGCUGCUCCUCCCAAGGCGGAGAAGAAGACCUCCGCUGAGGAUGAUGAGGCUAACCUCACUCCCAACCAAUACUUCGAGAUCCGAAGCAAGAGAGUCAACAAGCUCCGUGAGACCAAGCAGCCCGACCCUUAUCCCCACAAGUUCCAGGUCACCGAUGACCUGCGCGAAUUCCUCAAGACCUACGAGCCUCUUGAGAAGGGCGAGCAGAAGCCCGAUGUUACCGUUCGCAUUGCUGGUAGAAUCUACACCAAGCGUUCGUCCGGUGCCAAGUUGAACUUCUACGACAUUCGCGCCGAGGGCGUCAAGGUGCAAGUUGUGUGCCAGGCCCAGAAUGCCAGCGGCAGCGUUCCUUUCGAAGCUCAGCACGAGAACCUCCGUAGAGGAGAUAUCGUCGGUAUCGUCGGUUUCCCUGGUCGCAGCAACCCCAAGAACAGACCCGACGGUGAGCUGUCCAUCUUCGCCUCCGAGGUUGUUCUCCUCGCCCCCUGCUUGCACGCUAUUCCCUCUGAGCACUACGGUCUGCAAGACAAGGAGCAGCGUUUCCGCCAGCGUUACCUCGAUCUGAUCAUGAACGACCGAUCGCGCAAUGUGUUUGUUACCCGUGCCAAGAUCGUCAGCUACAUCCGUAACUUCUUCGACACCCGUGACUUUACUGAGGUUGAGACCCCCAUGAUGAACGCCAUUGCCGGUGGCGCGACUGCCAAGCCCUUCGUCACUCACCACAACGAGCUCGACAUGAACCUGUUCAUGCGUAUCGCCCCUGAGCUGUACCUUAAGAUGCUGAUUGUCGGUGGUCUUGAGCGUGUGUACGAGCUUGGUCGCCAGUUCCGUAAUGAAGGCAUUGACCUUACCCACAACCCCGAGUUCACCACUUGCGAGUUCUACUGGGCUUACGCCGAUGUUUUCGAUGUUAUGAACCUGACCGAGGAGCUGGUUUCUGGUCUGGUUAAGCACGUUACCGGUGGCUACGAGACCACCUUCCACACCCAGUCUGGCGAGACCUACAACGUCAACUGGAAGGCUCCCUGGAGGCGCGUGGAGAUGAUCCCCGCCCUUGAGGAGGCUACCGGCGAGAAGUUCCCCUCGGGAGACCAGUUGCACACCGCUGAGGCCGGUGAGUUCCUUAAGGGUAUUCUGAAGAAGACCGGCGUUGAGUGCUCGCCGCCCCUGACCAACGCCCGUAUGCUCGACAAGCUUGUUGGCGAGUUCAUUGAGGAGACCUGCGUCAACCCCACUUUCAUCACUGGCCACCCCCAGAUGAUGUCGCCUUUGGCCAAGUACCACCGUCAGCACGUCGGUCUGUGCGAGCGUUUCGAGGCAUUCGUUUGCAAGAAGGAGAUUGUCAACGCCUACACCGAGUUGAACGAUCCCUUCGACCAGCGUCUCCGCUUUGAGGAGCAGGCCAGACAGAAGGACCAGGGUGACGAUGAGGCCCAGAUCGUUGACGAGAACUUCUGUACCAGCUUGGAGUACGGUCUGCCUCCUACCGGAGGUUGGGGUAUGGGUAUUGACCGUUUGGUCAUGUUCUUGACCGACAACUACAGUAUCAAGGAGGUCCUUGCCUUCCCCUUCAUGAAGGAGGACAAGACCGCCCAGGACACCAAGCCUGCCGCCGAGGUUGUUGGCAUUGAGCCCAAGCCUGAGGAGGGAAUUGCUCACAAAUAGAUGAAAUGAAAUUUGAUGUGGG